CUCUACACGGAGUUCGAUUGGGACACACUCUAGCAGGGCAAAGCUGUACUCCCCACCUCUUCCCCAUGGAAUUGACCGGAGGGCCUCAGCACACAUCCACACACAGGUGUCAUCUGGGAACUUUAACUCCUGGAAAAAAUCCAGCAAACUGAUGAGAGCGCCGGACACCACUCCAGCUCGCGAGGAGAAACAUUGCUUGGAACGAGACGGUGUUUCUUCGGCAUCACCGCGAGCUGCCGCACAAGCAUCAUCUUUGCCAACACCUCGGACUGUGCAAGCACGAGGCCGGUGGGCUUCAAGUUGCCAAGAACAUGAACAUCCAAGUCCUGCCAGAUCACAAGCUCUCAUCUGUUGCCCCUCUGAAACCGUACAACAAUGCGGAAAAGAAAGACGUGGAAUUAAUUCUGGUGAAGGAACGGAAUGGGGCCCAGUAUAUAAACUCCUCAGUUGUCCCGUCCCCAAGCUCCAACGCUUGCCCACCAGCAUCCAGUGAGGUCGAGGAGAGAGAAACUUGGAGCAAGAAAAUUGACUUUCUCCUAUCAGUCAUUGGAUUUGCAGUGGACCUGGCCAACGUGUGGAGGUUCCCUUAUCUAUGUUACAAAAAUGGGGGAGGUGCCUUUUUGAUUCCUUAUAUCCUAUUUCUGGUGAUUGCUGGGAUGCCUCUCUUUUACAUGGAGCUGGCCUUGGGCCAGUACAACAGAGAAGGGGCUGCCACUGUGUGGAAGAUUUGCCCCAUUUUUAAAGGUGUAGGUUACACCGUGAUCAUCAUAGCUUUGUACGUCGGCUUCUACUACAACGUCAUCAUCGCCUGGUCCCUUUACUACCUGUUCUCCUCGUUCACGAGCGAACUGCCCUGGCUGAAGUGCGGCAACAGCUGGAACAGCAUCAACUGCACGGACCCGAAGCUCAUCAACGGCUCCGUCCUGGGGAACGGAAUGUCGUACUCCAAGUACAAGUUCACGCCGGCCGCCGAGUUUUACGAGCGAGGCGUUCUGCACCUCCACGAAAGUAAAGGCAUACAGGACCUGGGUCUGCCCCGCUGGCAGCUGACUCUCUGCCUGAUGGUGGUGGUCUUCAUACUCUACUUCAGCCUGUGGAAAGGGGUCAAAUCCUCCGGCAAGGUGGUGUACAUCACAGCCACCAUGCCCUACGUGGUGCUGUUCGUGCUCCUGAUUCGGGGCAUCACCCUCCCUGGUGCCAUGGAUGGCAUCAAAGCCUACCUCCACAUCGACUUCAAACAGCUCAACAAUCCCACGGUCUGGAUUGAUGCAGCCACUCAAAUAUUCUACUCCUUGGGUGCAGGAUUUGGAGUUUUAAUCGCAUUUGCCAGCUAUAAUAAAUUUGACAAUAACUGCUACAGGGACGCUCUCCUGACCAGCACCGUCAACUGCGUCACCAGUUUCUUCUCUGGGUUUGCCAUCUUCUCCGUGCUGGGAUACUUGGCCUUCAAACACGGAGUGAACAUUGAGGAUGUAGCAACCGAAGGGGCAGGCCUAGUGUUCAUCAUCUACCCUGAGGCCAUCUCAACUCUCCCAGGAUCGACCUUCUGGGCCAUAGUCUUCUUCAUCAUGCUCCUGACCCUUGGCAUUGACAGCUCGAUGGGCGGCAUGGAGGCGGUCAUCACGGGCCUCACGGACGACUUCAAAGUCCUGAAGAGGAACAGGAAGCUGUUCACGUUCGCCACGGCGUUCGGAACGUUCCUGAUGGCCUUGCUUUGCAUCACAAACGGGGGGAUCUACGUCCUGACCCUGCUGGACACCUACGCUGCAGGAACUUCCAUUCUGUUUGGGGUGUUGGUCGAGGCCAUAGGAGUGUCCUGGUUUUAUGGUGUGGACAGAUUCAGUGAGGAUAUCGAGCGUAUGAUGGGCUUUAAGCCUGGCCUCUACUGGAGGCUGUGCUGGAAGUUUGUCAGUCCCGCCUUCCUCCUGUUUGUGGUAAUUGCCAGCAUUGUGACGUCCACUGGUGCCAGGUAUGAUGACUACAUCUUUCCUCGAUGGUCCAAUGUGGUUGGCUGGGGAAUAGCACUUUCAUCUAUGCUUUUUGUACCAUUCUAUGCCAUCUACAAGUUCACCAGUGCCCCAGGAACAUUUAAAGAGAAGAUAGCUUACUGCAUCACACCUGAGCAUGAACAUCACCUUGUGGCUGAGGGCAAUAUCAGGCAGUUCAAGCUGAAGCACUGGCUGGCCAUCUGAAGUAGAGACCUCCCGGUCACUGUGCAAAAGGUCAGAGAAUGCUGGAGAAAUUCAGCUCCAGUGCAGAGCAGCCUGCUCGCUCUGCCAAAGAUCAGCGGCAUUCCUUGGAGAAGAAUCUUCUAGUUUGUGUUUUAGAAUGAUGUGCUAUCUGUGCUGUCUAUUUGUCUUGGACAUUUUUUAUCUUACUUGUUUUCUUUUUUUUUUUGUAAACAUUUUAUAAUAUUUAGUUUUGUCGUUUUUCUUUUUAUAGAUUUCUCAAACCUCCUAUUGUUUGAAACAGAGAUACGGCUAGCUAAAAAUAUAAUAUUUAUCUAAUGCAGCUAUAUAUUUGCAGCUAGCUAGCAAAGAAGCUUUAGCUUUAGAGCUUCAGGUCAAGCCAGUGCUGUGUAAGCACUGGACCCUGGACUGUUUUUUUUUCAGUCCAGUCCGCUUUACUGAAAUAAAAGUUAGCGUUGCCUUCUAAAACAAAAUGUGACACUGACAACAGCAAGUUUCAGGAAGUUUAUGUAGCUGAAGAGAUAGAACUUGGAAUAGUAUGCCAUAAGUAUGAACCAAGUACUGUUCCACUGCCUGCAUGGCAUAGUCACAAACCCUUAUCUAAUGCCAACUUCAUUUUGCAUUGUGCUAUCAAUCGUAUCUAUAAUCUAUAGGGAUUUACCAUAUGUGUAUGUGCACACAGGCAGGUUUUUCAGAUGUAUAAAUGCAAAAAGAUCCAGAUGCACUCAGG